AUGCCCCAGCGCAGUGCCAGGUGCCAGUGGGGCUGCGUGGCACCCCCUGAUGGACUCUGGGCUUGUAGGGCUGGGCUGGUGCCACCAGGAAGCAGCCGGGAGCAGCUGCUCUAUGCCAAGAAGCUGUACGACUCGGCCUUCCACCCCGACAGCGGCGAGAAGAUGAAUCUCAUUGGGAGGAUGUCCUUCCAGGUGCCAGGGGGCAUGGCCCUCACUGGCUGCAUGCUCCAGUUCUACCGAACAGUGCCUGCCGUGGUUUUCUGGCAGUGGGUGAACCAGUCCUUCAACGCCAUUGUCAACUACACCAACCGCAACGCCGCCUCCCCCAUCUCGCUGAGGCAAAUUGGGGUGGCUUACGUCAUGGCCACUGGUACAGCCCUGGCCACCGCGGUGGGACUCAACCUCUACACUAAGCGAGCCCCCCCCUUGCUGGCCCGCUGGGUCCCCUUUGCAGCCGUGGCUGCUGCCAACUGUGUCAAUAUCCCCAUGAUGCGGCAACAGGAGAUCAUCAAUGGGGUGACGGUGACAGACGAGGACAACAAUGAGCUCGGCCGCUCCAGGAGGGCGGCGGCGAAGGGCAUCGCGCAGGUUGUGGUGUCCAGGAUCCGAGACCAGGGGCUCCCGCACCUAGUUAUUUUGCCCAUCAUCAUGGAGCGGCUGGAGAAAUUCCCCUUCAUGCAGCGGAUCCGGGUUCUCCAUGGGCCUCUGCAGGUGCUGCUCUGCGGGGGCUUCCUCCUGUUCAUGGUGCCGGCAGCCUGCGCCCUGUUCCCGCAGAGAUGCUCCCUUGCGCUGGCUGACCUUGAGCUGGAGCUGCGUGAGAGCAUCGUGGCCAAGCAUGGGGACAAAGUGCCGUACGUCUAUUUUAACAAGGGACUGUGAACGGAGACUAUCUCAGGAGCCAUCGCACCCCUCCGGCCCCCUGCCACCACCAGCCCCGCGUCCCCUGAGCAGGGCUCAGAGGCACGGUCCAGCCAGAUCUGCCCCCCAGCCCAGCACUGUCUCUGCUGCCUCCUUCCUCCGGAGAGGCAGGAUCUGGCUCUGCGUGCCCAGUUUGCAGCACUUUGGCUUGUCCUGAGCCUCCCCCCAUCUGCUGCUGGCCGUGUCCCUGCCUCCCCACGUCCCUCUUGCCCUGGGCGAUGGCUGCGCUUCCCGUGCCUUCCUCCUGCCCUGCGCACAAGGAUCUGCCCAG